AUGAAGAACUCGAGCAAAUUUUUAUCAUCCGAGCGUCUUGGCUUUUCCUCCGACCAAAAGCCAAGACAAAUGCUCGAAGUGCUUCUCAGGACGCCAAGAGACAAGGCCAUCAAAAGCAUCAGGUGCGCAAUGGCCAGCCUUGUCCAAGCAAGCAGGGGUCUUCUGGCGCAAGAGCUGGUCAAAAAGCUCGAGAUAUCCGUUUGCGUCAUCAACGGCGACCGCUUCUACCCAUUAUAG